AUGCUCAGCAAUUGGAUAUUGUACUUGAAGGACAUUCGCGGGACCUUUUCAAACUCAAGGUUUGCCCCAAGGUCGUUCUUUGGCGAUUGUCUCUUUCCACGCAAAUUUUUUCCAAAGUUUUCCAUGUCCGAAUCGGUAGAAACAUGUUCGAAGGAAGAAUGGAAUGUCGAUGGUGGUGAGCUACAGUUGGCACAGGACUUUGAAGUCAUUGACCUUGAGGACUUCGAUCCUGGUCAAGUUGAUAACUUAGAGACGGAUGAUUCAUCAUAUAUGUCUUCUUUUCUUAAUGGCCUUGUUACUGACGAAACUCUUUAUUCAAGAUACUUGAAUGGAGUUAUUACUUUCGAUGAACUAAUGCGUGAAAUGCAUCACUCUACUAAUGUUGACGACGAAUACUUCAGGAGUAGCGACUCGGAUUGUUCUAGUAAAAACAACGAUCCAGAAUAUAUUCCACGUUUCAGGAGAUCUAAACGACCGCAAAGUUAUGAUACACCUGUAAAGAAAAGGACGAAAACGAGAGGAUCACUUAUUACAAAGCGUGCUCGCUUGCCAAUUGAAUUAGCACAGUAUCUCGGAGAAGCUGAAAGACAUCUAAACAAUGACGAAUUCGAUCAUGCUGAACGCAUAUGUUAUGAGAUCAUUGAUACAGCUUCUCAGGCAUCCCAACCGUAUAUUGUUCUGGCUGAAAUAAGUUUCCGUCGAGGGAACCAAGAAAAAGCUAAAGAAUUCUUGUAUGAAGCUGCUCAAAGGAACCCAUCCGAUAAAAAUACAUGGCUCACUCUUGUUGAUUGGGCUGAAGAAGCUGGUGAUUAUCCGCUGGCGAUCCACUAUGCACGCCAGGCCCUUAGAAGAGAUCGAGCUGACACAUCUCUGCGUCAACGCCUGAUCUACUUGUGCCAAACCGCUGGUCGAAGUAGAGAUGCCCUACAGUUACGCUUAGCUGCUCUUACAGUUACUCCGGAACCUACUGGUGAAGAACAGUUUGAGGUUGCCCGAGAAUUAGCUGAUCAAUUUUUCAAACUGCUUGAUCCGUACAAUUCAGUGAAAGCGUAUGAAAAUGCCUUCGAGCAAUAUCCCAAACAUGGAACAGAUAAUGAUAGAAAUUCUGCUUUAUCAAUUUUGCUUCAAAUGAAACGCUACGAUCACGCGCUUAAGUUUUUCACUAAUUUCUGCGGUGUUAAGUUGUAUUUAAAGUCUGGAGAAUUAUUUGACAUGAACAAACAUUCAUCUAAGCUGACAUCUGUUGAUAAUUUUGACAAAUUUCAUCUACAUGAUAAAAUUUCAAUGGAGUUAAAGUUGAAGUUAUUUCUCGUUCUUGCACAUCUUGGUCUUGGUACUUUAGUCGAGUCUUGCAUUGCACUCGUAUAUACAAAUGAAAAUAUAUCGAAAUAUUCCAGCUGGCUGUUAGACAUAGUUAUAGCGUAUAAAGAAAAGAAUUUGCACACUAUAGCAAUUCCGUUAUUACUAAGGCUAACAAAAUCAAAUGUUACCUGUAAGAUGGUACAAGUUUGGACAUUGCUUGCAGAGUCCUAUUUAGAGGCAGGAGAAACUGAGUCUGCCAUCAAAGCUUAUCGUCAUGUGACAGAAAACCUCAACCCACGAGAUACAGAUGCCCGUCUAGGUCUUGUAAAUCUUCUUAGACGCCUUGGAAGACAUCAGGAAGCUUUAAAGUUUUUAGAUCCCAAGAAUUUAAUACAGAAAGGCGUUAAACCUGAAAUAUCUUUAACUGAACAGUGUGAUUUAAUUGUACAGAAAAGAGAAAAAUCCCCCUUGAAACCAGCUAAGAGAUCAGUUCCUAUGCCGCCAACCCCAAGUGAAUUGCCACAGAUUUCAACCAGUGGUGAUGUGGAUAGUGAUAAUGGUUCCGUUGAAAAAGUUGAUCUUGAUAGUGACUGGUUUGAUGCAUCGGCUAAUCUUGUUUCUCGUGAUAAUGUGGCCUAUAGAUUAGCAUAUGAACGUUGUCGAAUGCUUGAUACCCCAGAAACUGUAGAUUCGUUUUUAGAAGAAGCAUGGACCUUAUUGUUCAGUGAUGUGACACGUGUGUGCGGACUUCGAUUUACGCAGCUCGCUCUUAUUCUGGAUAGUGAACAACAUCGGAAGUUAGUGACAGAUCGAUUAGCCUCCGUUGCACCUGCAUUAACCGAUACACUAUCUGAUCAAAUCGAUGCUGAACGUUCAACUGCUGAAACAAAUGGUAUAAGUAGUUCAGAUAUUUGGGGAUUAUUUUUACGCGUAGUUGAUGUAUUACGCUCUCGUCUGCCGAAGUCAUUGCCUCAGUUGGAAACUGCUACUGCAUGGGCGUCUUUACUACCACAUGUUCAAGGAAAUGACUUACGUCGGUUGGCUGCAAGUCAUCUUUUAAUUAGUUCAUCACUUAUCGCGCGUCAUGGGACUCCAGCAUUUUUGGAAUUAAGGAAAAUUCAGAAACAGUGGAGUGAAUAUAACCAGUAUUGGAAUGUAAUGAAUCUGGCUAUCACUCUUUCACGAGAUUUCAAGCACUGCCGGUUUUUGGAUCGUUUAGUUACAAAGGAUAGUUUAAAUUUGGCUAUCGGCACUAUAGCCAGUAGUGACACUUUGGUUCGUGGUUCGUACCGUUAUGCCAUUGCUCGAUUGAUCAAUAUGAGGGAAAAAUUUCCCGACGAUGCACUGCUCGCUUUACUAUUGGCUGUCGGCUUUCUAAGUAUGUCAAUGCAGAAACAUAUUGGUUCUCGACAUCUUGCUAUUUUACAGGCCAUCGGAUUUCUCGGGGAGUACAAACGUUUGCGUGGUAACUGUCAAGAGGUAUAUUAUAAUAUAGCGCGUGCUUGUCAUCAACUCCUCAUUACCCAUGUGGCCAUUCACUACUAUGAGAAAGUUCUUGCCAUGAAACCUGUUGGAAAAACUCAAGAAGAGAGAUCUUUUACGAAUCUGCACAGAGAAGCUGCUUUCAAUUUGGCGCUAAUUUAUAAAUCGAAUGGUAAUCCCUCCAUGGCUCGUCAUAUAUUUCAAAAGUACCUUGUCAUAUAA